UUUUUUCUUUAUUUAUAUUUUUUUUUUCUUCUAAAAAGAAUAGGCUUUUUGGUAUGAAGCGAUUUACUAAUGAAAGUACAUCUUCCAGCAAGCAUUUACCAGUACUUUUAGAAAUUAGCGAUGCACCUGUCUAUUUCAUCGGCCCUGCAACAAGGGAAAAUCCCAUGUACCAAGUACGAACCAAAUUAAUGGGCAAAGUAAUUUUUCAAGACCGUAAAAUCAAGUGGAACAGAGUGACCCUUCAAUUUGUGGGUAAAGCAGGCAUAGACAUAAACGCCCCUCGUUCUGUUUUCCCACGCGAUAGCGAUAUAGUGGAUGACUCUUCAGAAUACACAAAAAUUCAAACCACUGUGCCUAUUUGUGAAGUUGAAAAAGAGCUUAUAUUCUCUGGGGAAGAAUCGAUUGAGUUUGGCCUUCAUUUACCACCUCAUUUACCAGGCAGCUGCAGAACUCGACAUUCAUUUGUAGAAUAUACGUUGAUUGCCAACUUUUCUGCAGGGACAUUCUUCAAGAAAUAUAAAACCCACAAGACAGUAACCAUCCAUCGACAUUAUUUGCCAAGUCCAAGUGCCAUGAUUCCCUGCAGUACAUACAAUGGUGUGAGAGAAUGGUUUGAAUGGUCUGCUGAAGUUCCCAAGGCAACAGCAGUAGAGUCUGGUGAGGUCGUAGUGGCUUUUCGCUGUAGUAUUGAAAAGGAAAGAGUGGAAGUAGAUAGAAUUCAGCUAGCUAUUGAAGAAAUUGAAACAUACAGGUUUUGUACAAGACAAGGUGUUCAUAGUUUACCACCAAUAGUCACACGCUUCCCACCCGCAGUUUACCACCUACCUUCAUUCUCAAGCAGCUCAGAAACUCAUUUUAUUCGAUCACCUAUACCAUUAUCCAGUAAUCCCAAAAUUAGAUCCAUCCAAACGCAUCAAUUCGACCCAUUCUUGGAAAUUUCUCAUCGUUGUAGACUUACUGUUCAUUUCAGCCAACCUCCCAAUUUGACCAUUGAGCCACUUACGCUUGAAUUUCCCAUUAUUAUUACUGACUAUCCUGCCAUUACAUUAGAGUCCAUAGAGCAAUCGCCUAAUAUUGCUCCUACUGAGCCAACUCAGACAACCAUCACAGUUGGAGGAGGCGAUGAUGCAGUCAAUGUAGAUUUAGAUCUACCCGAAUACACACCACGUUAUGAAGAACCCUCUUCUUCUUCAUCCAUUACCACUAAUUAAUAUCAUCUCCUCUUUCUUUUCUUUCAUUGUACAUAAAUAUAUAU